CCCUCCCCGCGGCUUGUUCCGGUCACGUGCCCGCCCCCUGCCCGCCCCAUGGCCCCGGCGGCGGCCCGACCCCCGUAGCGCCCGCUCCCGCCCCGGGCCCCUCCCGCCGGCAGCAGACAGCGCGCCGGCCCGGAGCAGGUCCCCGCCGCCGCCCGCACGCUCCUUAUAGCCACAAUGGCAACGUCAUCUGAAGAAGUGUUACUGAUUGUAAAGAAGGUACGUCAGAAGAAGCAGGAUGGAGCUCUCUACCUUAUGGCUGAAAGGAUAGCAUGGGCACCUGAAGGCAAAGACCGAUUCACAGUCAGCCAUAUGUAUGCAGACAUAAAAUGCCAGAAAAUCAGUCCAGAAGGUAAAGCUAAAAUUCAGCUUCAGCUAGUAUUGCACGCAGGGGACACAACCAACUUUCACUUCUCCAAUGAAAGCACAGCAGUGAAGGAGCGAGACGCGGUAAAGGAUCUUCUUCAACAACUGUUGCCCAAGUUCAAAAGGAAAGCUAAUAAAGAACUUGAGGAGAAGAACAGAAUGCUGCAAGAAGAUCCUGUUUUGUUUCAGCUCUAUAAAGACCUUGUUGUGAGCCAAGUAAUCAGUGCUGAAGAAUUCUGGGCCAACCGUUUAAGCCUGAAUGCAGGGGAUAAUUCUGCAGCACCUAGCAAGCAGGAUGUGGGCAUCUCCGCAGCAUUUCUGGCUGAUGUACGGCCUCAAACAGAUGGCUGCAAUGGUCUGAGGUAUAAUUUGACUUCGGAUAUCAUUGAAUCCAUAUUUCGAACAUAUCCUGCAGUAAAAAUGAAAUAUGCAGAAAAUGUUCCACAUAACAUGACCGAGAGGGAAUUCUGGACACGAUUUUUUCAGUCUCAUUAUUUCCAUCGGGACAGGCUCAAUACAGGCUCAAAAGACCUCUUUGCGGAAUGUGCCAAAUUGGAUGAAAAAGGGUUAAAAGCAAUGGUGUCUCAAGGAGUGAAAAACCCUCUGAUAGAUUUAACAGCUUUGGAAGAUAAAACAUUAGAUGAAGGCUAUGGUGUUGCUCCUGUGGCCUCUACAUCAAAUGCCUCAAAAUCCGCUAGAGAAAGUAGUAAUGCUGCCAUUAUAAAACGCUUUAAUCAUCAUAGUGCCAUGGUCCUUGCAGCUGGCCUCAGGAAACAAGAAGCACAAAAUGACCAUUACAGUGAGACCAGCAGUACGGAUGGAAACUCCAGGGAUUCAGAUUUCUUUCAGCCACCAAUUAAAAAGGUGAAACUGCAGGAGUCCAUUGAAUAUGAAGAUUUAUCAAAGAAUAAUAGCAUUAAAACUAUUGCACUAAACUUAAAGAAGUCUGAUAGGUAUUAUCAUGGUCCAACUCCAAUUCAGUCACAGCAAUAUGCAACCAGUCAGGAUAUAAUUAAUUCUUUUCAUAGUAUUAGGCAAGAAAUGGAAGCAUAUGUACCCAAACUAACUCAGGUUCUUUCAAGUGGUGAUGCUACUAGCACUAUUGCAGUCCUGUCACCUGGAGGAGCACUUAUGCAGGGUGGAACACAGCAAGCCAUAAACCAGAUGGUGCCAAAUGACGUUCAGUCUGAACUAAAACACUUGUACGUGGCAGUAGGGGAACUGCUACGACACUUCUGGUCCUGCUUUCCUGUUAACACACCAUUCCUAGAAGAAAAGGUUGUGAAAAUGAGGAGCAACUUGGAAAGAUUUCAGGUUACAAAGCUCUGCCCAUUCCAAGAAAAGAUUCGGAGACAGUAUUUAAGCACAAAUUUGGUAAGUCAUAUAGAAGAGAUGCUGCAGACGGCCUACAAUAAGUUCCAUACAUGGCAGUCCCGGCGUAUGCUGAAGAAGACGUGAAAAUGCAUGCUGUACAGGUUUGAGAGCAAAAUCUGCAAUAGGUAUAGGAGUACAACCUAGCAUAUGUGCAGAUCUUAUAGUUGUUGCAGGAAGACCUGCAAGCUGUGGACUUCUGGAAACGAUGCUAACUGAACUUGCACAUUUUCGAAAAAGAACUGAGAUUAAACUUGAAAACUAGGGAAAAAAACCAAGGAAGAACCAAAACAGAAGAGCUGAGGCGCAAAAAUAUUUAAAAAGACACUGUUUACUGCAGUUACUCAGGAACUGCUUUUGAUUUGCGUAAAGAGCUGCUUUCAGAAAUAAAAAAUUUAAAGAGGGUGUAUUAAUAAAAUCUGUUUUUCUGUCUAAUUUUUUUUUAUUAAGAUGUGUAUGGCACAGGGUAGAACUCAAGCGUUUUUCUUCACUGGAUUCUGACAGUUUUAUUGAAUUCUGUUUGUACUUUCUGCAACAGUUUAACAGUGAUAUUUUAAAAUACAGCUGAGACUGUUUUUGCUUCAAACAUCUGGGAGAGUGUAGCUGUCAGAAGACAAGCUUCUGCCAUAUGUUUCCCCACCAAUUGGAAGCAAGAGACAUUGCACUGAAAGCUGUUGAUGGUCUGGGGUCCCUAAAGGCACAUGGGGGCAAACUUUUGCCUGAAGUCUUGGAUUUUUAUGCAGAAUUUUUUCAGCCAUCGGUUUUGCAUGUUUUCCUUUUGAGUGCAAGUGUGUGCUACUGCAGUCUUUUUUUUUUUUUUUUUUUAACGGAGGCAUUUGUUCUGAGGAGAGAAUGCAUUUUUAAAAAUGAAGUUAAAUAAAGUUUCUUACAAAAGUCA